AUGUUCUUGUGAGGGGUCAAAGGAAUAUAGUGUGCAUCAUCAAAAGUUGAAGUUGUUUCAGUUUCUCAUGGGAUUGAAUGACUCAUAUCUGCAAGCAAGAAGUCAAAUUCUGAUGCUGAAACCAAUACCUAGUGUUAAUCAAGCUUAUUCUAUGAUCUUAAGUGAUGAAAGUCAAAGGUCUGUUGUAGCUAAUGCAGGAGUGUUGGGUACUGGUCCAGCGAGUCUACAAGGGUCUUUUGAUGCUGUUAUGUACUCAAGGACAAGUGGAACUCAAAAUAGGUUCAAGAAGGGAUAUAAUCUUGUGUGUGAUUUCUGCAAAAUUAAAGGACAUACAAGGGAAAAUUGUUACAAGAUCAUUGUAUAUCUACAGGAUUUUAAGUUAAAAAAGAAGGGAGUAAGUAGUUCUGCAUAUAAUGUAACUGGUGAAUCUGAGGAUGGGUUGAGGUCAAGGUUUGAUGAUGGAGUGAGGUCAAAUGCAAGUGAUGCAGGAAGUGGACAGUUGAGGUGUGAUGGAGAGGUUAAACUACCACAUCAGAAUCAGCUGGAAUCCUAUACAUUGACUAGGGAGCAAUAUAAUCAGGUCUUGCAAUUCCUUGACAAGAAGUCAGAGGUUUCACAUUGUGUAAAUGCAGCAGGAACUCUUCAGUGGAAAGGUGAAUAUGAUUGGUAAAGAGGAUGGAGGAUUGUACAUUUUUUCCAACAAAAUAGAUAAAGAAGAUGAUGCUAUAUUGUCAGCAAGACAUUCUGAGCACAG